CUUCCGAGUUUGGGGUCGGCGACACGGCCCGGCCGGCCUCGGGAAGCGGCGGCGUCGGCAGCAAGCGUGCGGGUCCGCGGCGGCGGAGGGCGGUGCGCAAGGCGUCGUCGCGGAGGCCUGAGAUGCACGCGCGGCGAGGAGAGAAGACUCCGAGGCCAGUGGAGGCCUGUGGAGGCCAGUGCAUGGCACGGAGGCUCAGGUGAGGUGUAUUUCCAUACCUGUGGAUUUUCACCUCUGCCUCUAGAUCCGGCAUUGGAACUUGUCAGGAAAAGCCAUGGCCUCAGCCACCAAGAAGAUGAAGGAGGAAGCCACGUGUGCCAUCUGCCUGUUCCUAAUGACUGAGCCUGUGAGCAUCAGCUGUGGACACAGCUACUGCAAACUCUGCAUCAGGAACUUCCUUGAGAACCUGGGCCCUGCGGAAACACAGUCAAAUGUGUUCUCCUGUCCCCAGUGCCGGGCUCCAUUUCAGCUGGCCAGCCUCCGGCCCAACAAGCAGCUGGGAAGUCUCAUUGAAGCCAUCAAGGAGAUGGAGCACGAGAUGUCAUGUGAGGAGCACGGAGAGCGCCUCCAUCUAUUCUGCGAAGACGAGAGCCAGCUCAUCUGCUGGCGCUGUGAGCGGUCGCCGCGGCACACAGGGCACCGCACAGCUCUCAUCGAGGAAGUAUGCCAAGACUACAAGGAAAAGCUUCAGAAUGCUGUGACAAAUCUGAGGCAACUGGAAGAGGAAUGUAUGAACCUGAAGGUGUUCACCGCGAAGCAGAUAAGCGAAUGGAAUGAGAAGAUAGAGAUUCAGAAACAAAAAAUCCAGUCUGACUUUAAGAAUCUUCAGAGCUUCCUGCAAGAAGAGAAGAAGUACCAUCUAUGGAGACUGGAGAAAGAGAAAGAGCAGACUCUAAAGAGACUGAGAGCUGAUGAGGCCACUCUGGAACAGAAGAGCCAGGAACUCAAGAGUCACAUCUUGGAACUAGAGGAGAAAUGUCAGGGCUCAGCCCAGAAGUUGCUGCAGGAUGUGAAAGACACUUUGCGCAGGAGUUGGGCUAUGACGUUGGAAAGACAAGAGGCCCACUCUUUGGAGCUUCAUACUGUGUGCAAUGUUUCUGAGCUUUAUUUUGAUGUGAAGAAAAUGUUAAGGAGCUAUCAAGUCAAUGUGACUCUGGAUCCAGAUACAGCUCACCGUGAGCUAAUUCUGUCCGAGGAUCGGAGACAAGUGAUUCGUGGAUUCCUCCAGGAGAAUCUGGACAACUCUUCCAAGAGAUUUAGUAUCUUACCCUGUAUUCUGGGCUGUGAGGGCUUCACUUCAGGAAGACAUUACUUUGAGGUGGAUGUGGGAGAAGGAACUGGGUGGGACUUAGGAGUCUGUCUGGACAACGUUCACAGGGACGUUGGUGUGAUACAGAAGCCGCAGUCUGGAUUUUGGGCCAUUAGACUAUGCAAAAAGAAAGGCUACUUAGCACUUACCUCUCCCAUAACUUCCCUUUAUCUGGGGGAGAAGCCCCUGGUUGUGGGGAUUUUCCUGGACUGUGAUGUUGGAGUUGUAUCGUUUUACAACAUGACCACUGGAUCCCACAUCUUUACCUUCCCAAAGGCCUCCUUCUCUGAUACUCUCCGGCCCUAUUUCCGGGUUUAUCAACAUUCUCCUUUGUUCCUGCCUUCCCCAGAUGAGUAAGGAAACAAGUAAAAUCUCCUUGGUUUAACUGGCAUAGAAAAUAUAAUGUCAGUCCUGUGAGGGCAGAAAUUUGGUCUGUUUUCUUCACUUCUUGUACUUAGAACAGUGCUGGGCAUUUAGUGCUACUUAAUAAAUCUGCUUCGAGUGAAUGGAGAGAACAAUUGCAAGAAUACCACAGCUGGUCAGCCUGAGCCGGGGACAGCCAGACAGUAGCAAUGAUCAUACAUUGUCUUCUCCAUCCCCCCUCAGUGGGUUCAGAGCCUUGAUUUCCAAGAGUCUUUGGGUGACCUGCAGGUGACCCAGAGGUCAGGAGGUCUGAGUUCUCCCAGUUUGUUCGAUGCCGUAGGAACUCAUGGGUGGGGGGUGAGGGAAAGCUGCAAUUGUCUCUGCCAGCUGCAAGAAAGAGCAGGAAAACCAACAUAGUGACUCUUCUCAGCACUGACAUUUGAUCAUUCAUCCGAACCGUAGCCCUGGAGGAUGCAGUGAGUGCAGGUGCCUCCCAGACCUAGGGACGCUACCUGGGCAGUAACGUGCAGUAUGAACGAAGAGUUAACAUCGCUUACAGUGAUAUGUUUCAAAUGGGAAGGAGAUUAAGAAUAAAAACAAAUUUUCUUGGGGGACUCAGUCCUAGAAAAGAAGUUAAUAUUUUCCAGACUGUACUAAGCCAGCUAUUUUGAAAUAGCUUAAGAUCUCAGCAAAUAGUUACCACUGGCAUGAUUGUUGGCAGACUUUGUUAUGUUUCUUCUAUGAUCAAAUAGACCUUAGCUAUACCUGGGUCUGUUUUGAAGAGAACAUUCCAUCUCAAACCUAAAUUAUCAUGGCUGAGUUGCCUAAUGGCAAAAUCAUGGAGAAGUCAGCCAAGCUACAAACGACAUAAAUGUGUGAUGUGAUGUGUGUGAUGCCUGGGGGUUUAGAAACUCUUAGAUCCUAGGGAUGGUGGAAAUGUUGCUAGUAGGAAGCUGCCAAAUUUAUGGAGGUGCCAUACCGGCCCUGGAGUCUCUGGAUUUCCUGGACUUUCUACAUUUUCUAGACUGUCUACAUGGGAGAGACAUGAACUUGCUUCAGCUGCUAUCAUUUCGGGUUUUCUAUUCAGUGGAACUUAAUUUAAUCUUCCAGGGCACGGUGAGUUGCUGUACCUUAAAAAAAAAAAAAGUAGCCAUAAAAUCAUCUACUCCUUC